GAAUUCUUUGACUGGCACUGAAGGAGCGAGGGGGUAUUUUUCCCCCUCAUUUUUUAGUUUUUUUUAUUAUUCUUUUUCUCUAGGAAAUCAUUAACUGGGGGGGGGGUCGGCUUCUUUUUUUCCCUCCCCCCCUUUUUUUGGAGGGGGAUUUCAGAAGAUCCAUCUUUCUUUCCCCUCCCCUCCAAAGAUUUUUUUUUUCAUCCUUCGUCUUUGUGGAAAUGUGGACAUUUCAGGCAGACAGAUUGAGUGGAAUUGUCUCUGCUUUAGCAGCUCUUUGUCUCGCCUGCUGUGCGCAAAGCCCCUCCACUGGAAAUAUUUCUGUGGUGAAAGAGAUUGUGGACAAACUGCUGAAGGGCUAUGACGUCCGCCUCAGGCCUGACUUUGGAGGUAACCCUGUCACAGUGGGAAUGAGCAUCCACAUCUCCAGCAUUGACCAGAUCUCUGAAGUCAACAUGGAUUACACCAUCACCAUGUACUUCCAGCAGAGCUGGCGGGACAAACGCCUGGCCUACAACGACCUUCCUCUCAACCUGACCCUGGACAACCGGGUGGCUGACCAGCUCUGGCUGCCUGACACCUAUUUCCUGAACGACAAGAAGUCCUUCCUGCACGGGGUGACAGUGAAGAACCGCAUGAUUCGGCUCCAUCCUGACGGGACCGUCCUGUACGGCCUGAGGAUCACCACCACGGCCGCCUGCAUGAUGGACCUGCGGAGGUACCCGCUGGACCAGCAGAACUGCACGCUGGAGAUCGAGAGCUAUGGCUACACAGUGGACGACAUUGUCUUCUUCUGGCAAGGGAACGACUCUGCUGUCACAGGGAUGGAGGUGCUGGAGCUGCCCCAGUUCACCAUCAUCGAGCAGAGGCUGGUCAGCAGGGAAGUUGUCUUCACCACUGGUUCGUAUCUGCGCUUAUCCCUGAGUUUCCGGAUUAAGAGGAACAUUGGUUACUUCAUCCUGCAGACCUACAUGCCAUCCAUCCUCAUCACCAUCCUCUCCUGGGUCUCCUUCUGGAUCAAUUAUGAUGCUUCUGCUGCACGAGUGGCACUGGGGGUCACCACGGUGCUUACCAUGACAACCAUCAACACCCACCUGCGGGAGACUCUCCCCAAGAUCCCCUACGUCAAGGCUAUUGAUGUUUAUCUCAUGGGCUGCUUCGUCUUCGUGUUCCUGGCACUCCUGGAAUACGCUUUUGUCAAUUACAUAUUCUUCGGGCGGGGGCCCCGGCAGCAGAAGAAGCAGAGCGAGCGCAUCAGCAAGGCCAACAACGAGCGCCACCGUUACGAGGAGAAGAGGGUGAGAGAGCAGGUUGACCCUUACGGUAACAUCCUCCUCAGCACGCUGGAGAUGAACAACGAGCUGCUGGCCACGGACAUUAUGAGCAACGUGGGCGACUCUCGAAACUCUGUCAUGUCCUUCGAAGGCUCAGGAAUCCAGUUCCGCAAGCCGCUGGCCUCUCGGGAUGGCUUUGGCCACCACCCCACCCUGGACCGCCACGUCCCGCUGACCCACCACGCCGCCGCCGCCCGCAACCGCGCCAACUGCCGCCUGCGCCGGCGGUCGUCCAAGCUGAAGCUCAAAAUCCCAGACCUGACAGACGUCAGCACCAUUGACAAGUGGUCACGGAUCAUUUUUCCAAUCACUUUUGGAUUCUUCAACCUUGUUUACUGGUUGUACUAUGUAAAUUGAUGCCUGCGGCCGCCGAGAGAGAUAAUAGGGACACUCAGACAAUGACAACACAGGAGUGUUGUGGUCUUUUGGGUUUGGGUUUUACUCUUUACUUAUCAUUGUCAUUUAUGGUUCAUUAGAUUUAUUCUAAGCUUA